GCGCCCGCUUCCGGUCCUGGGCGCCAUUUUCAGCGGUUGAGUUUUGGUGGUACCUGUAGUCGUCUCGGACAAUGAGCUACGACUAUCAACAGAGCUGGAGCCGCGACGGGGGCCCACGGGGCUCCGGCCAGGGCUCUGGCGGCGGCGGUGGAGGGAGCCGGGGCUCCGGCGGCGGCGGAGGGGGCCGCGGCGGCCGGGGCCGGCAUCCGGCUCACCUUAAGGGUCGCGAGAUAGGCCUAUGGUACGCAAAAAAGCAAACGCAGAAGAACAAGGAGGCUGAGAGACAAGAGAGAGCUGUAGUGCACAUGGAUGAACGGCGAGAAGAGCAAAUUGUGCAGCUGCUAAAUUCAGUCCAAGCAAAGAAUGAUAAAGAUUCAGAAGCACAGAUAUCCUGGUUUGCUCCUGAGGAUCAUGGGUAUGGUACUGAAGUUUCUUCAGAGAAAAAAAUAAACUCAGAGAAGAAACUUGACAACCAGGAAAAGAAAUUGCUGAACCAAGAAAAAAAGACAUAUAGGAUCACAGACAAAUCAUAUAUUGACCGAGAUUCUGAGUAUUUAUUGCAAGAAAAUGAACCAAACCUAGGCUUAGACCAACAAUUAUUGGAAGAUUUACAAAAGAAAAAAACUGACCCUCGGUAUAUAGAGAUGCAGCGUUUCAGAAAAAAGCUGCCUUCAUAUGGAAUGCAGAAGGAGCUGGUAAAUUUAAUCAAUAACCAUCAAGUGACAGUGAUAAGUGGUGAGACUGGUUGUGGCAAAACCACUCAGGUUACUCAGUUCAUCUUGGAUAACUACAUCGAAAGAGGAAUAGGGUCUGCCUGCAGAAUAGUGUGUACUCAGCCAAGAAGAAUUAGUGCCAUUUCAGUUGCUGAGAGGGUGGCUGCAGAAAGGGCAGAGUCUUGUGGCAAUGGUAAUAGUACUGGAUACCAGAUUCGUCUCCAAAGUCGGUUGCCAAGGAAACAAGGCUCUAUCCUAUACUGCACAACAGGAAUCAUUCUUCAGUGGCUCCAGUCAGACUCACGUUUGUCCAGUGUUAGUCAUAUUGUACUUGAUGAAAUUCAUGAAAGGAAUCUACAAUCAGAUGUUUUAAUGACUGUUAUUAAAGAUCUUCUCCAUUUUCGAUCGGAUCUCAAAGUAAUAUUGAUGAGUGCAACCUUGAAUGCUGAGAAAUUUUCAGAAUAUUUUGGUAACUGUCCAAUGAUACAUAUACCUGGGUUUACUUUUCCAGUUGUGGAAUAUCUUUUGGAAGAUAUCAUUGAAAAAAUAAGAUAUUUUCCAGAACAAAAAGAACAUAGAUCCCAGUUCAAAAGGGGUUUCAUGCAGGGUCAUGUAAAUAGACAAGAAAAAGAAGAAAAAGAGGCGAUCUAUAAAGAACGCUGGCCAGCUUAUAUAAAGGAACUACAGACAAGAUACUCUGCAAGUACCAUAAAUGUUUUGGAAAUGAUGGAUGAUGAUAAAGUUGAUCUGAAUUUGAUUGCUGCCCUUAUUCGAUACAUUGUUUUGGAAGAAGAGGACGGUGCAAUAUUGGUCUUUCUACCAGGCUGGGACAAUAUCAGUACUUUGCAUGAUCUCUUGAUGUCACAAGUGAUGUUUAAAUCAGAUAGGUUUCUUAUUAUACCUUUACAUUCACUGAUGCCCACCGUAAACCAGACACAGGUAUUUAAAAAAACUCCUCCUGGUGUUCGGAAAAUAGUAAUUGCUACCAACAUUGCAGAGACUAGCAUCACCAUAGAUGAUGUGGUCUAUGUAAUAGAUGGAGGGAAAAUUAAAGAAACACACUUUGACACACAGAACAACAUCAGUACCAUGUCUGCUGAGUGGGUUAGUAAAGCUAAUGCCAAACAGAGGAAAGGGAGAGCUGGAAGAGUUCAGCCUGGUCAUUGUUAUCAUCUGUAUAAUGGUCUUAGAGCAAGUCUUCUAGAUGACUACCAACUACCAGAAAUUUUGAGAACUCCUUUGGAAGAACUUUGUUUGCAAAUAAAGAUCUUGAGGCUGGGUGGAAUUGCUUAUUUUCUGAGUAGGUUAAUGGAUCCACCAUCAGAUGAGGCAGUAGUGCUCUCCAUAAAACACCUAAUGGAACUGAGUGCUUUGGAUAAGCAAGAAGAAUUGACACCUCUUGGAGUCCAUUUAGCCCGACUGCCUGUUGAGCCACAUAUUGGAAAAAUGAUUCUCUUUGGAGCUUUGUUCUGUUGCUUAGAUCCAGUCCUCACCAUUGCUGCCAGUCUCAGCUUUAAAGAUCCCUUUGUCAUUCCAUUGGGAAAAGAAAAGAUUGCAGAUGCAAGAAGAAAGGAACUGGCAAAGGAAACUAGAAGUGAUCACCUGACAGUUGUGAAUGCGUUUGAGGGCUGGGAAGAAGCUAAACGGCGUGGUUUCAGAUAUGAAAAAGACUACUGCUGGGAAUAUUUUCUCUCUUCAAACACACUACAGAUGCUGCAUAACAUGAAGGGACAGUUUGCUGAGCAUCUUCUUGGAGCUGGAUUUGUAAGCAGUAGAAGUCCCAAAGAUCCAAAAGCUAAUAUAAAUUCAGAUAAUGAGAAGAUCAUUAAAGCUGUCAUCUGUGCUGGUUUAUAUCCCAAAGUUGCUAAAAUCCGACUAAAUUUGGGUAAAAAAAGGAAAAUGGUGAAAGUUCACACAAAGUCUGAUGGUCUGGUUUCUAUUCAUCCUAAGUCUGUCAAUGUGGAGCAGACAGACUUCCACUACAACUGGCUUAUCUAUCACCUGAAGAUGAGAACAAGCAGUAUAUACUUGUACGACUGCACAGAAGUCUCACCAUACUGCCUCUUGUUCUUUGGAGGAGAUAUUUCCAUCCAGAAAGAUAAGGAUCAGGAAAUUAUUGCUGUAGACGAAUGGAUUGUGUUUCAGUCUCCAGAAAGAAUUGCUCAUCUUGUUAAGGGACUAAGAAAGGAAUUGGAUAUCCUUCUACAAGAGAAGAUUGAAUGCCCUCAUCCUGUAGAUUGGAACGACACCAAAUCCAGAGACUGUGCAGUACUGUCAGCUAUUCUAGACUUGAUCAAAACACAAGAAAAGGCUAUUCCAAGGAACUUGCCACCACGAUCACAGGAUGGAUAUUGCAGCUGACAGUUUUCUGGGGUGGCCUAAACCUAUCCUGAUGUCCAUAAUUUCUGGUCUUUUUUUUUGGUUUUAUUUUGUUUUUAGUUUUUGGCAAAAUGCCAAGCCCUGGGUCAUGCCUCCCUUCUGUGUGUAAGUUAGAACCUUUCAUUGAGUAGUAAAGAGUUAAUGUGCAUGACUAAACAGUGCCAUCUAGCUACUAUAAAGACAUUGGAACAAGCAGUAUGCUUCUGAACUUAUCCUCUGUUGUAGAUAUGUCCACACUUUGGGAGAAUUCCCAAAGUUGUAACAUUGAGAAAUUCCUUUAUGCCAUUAUGCAAAAUUAAUUUUCUGUCCAUAAUGACUGUCUAGACAGUAAAAAUAGAAAGUUGGGCCAAAAAGCAAUGUGAAGUAAGAAUUUAAAUACAACCCCAUUUUUAAAAAAUGAAUUUCUAUUAUAAGUAAAUAUGUUGUAAUAAAGCCCAGUAUUUAAUAAAAUGUACAAUGUAUAAGUCUCAGCUAACUUCUUGGUUUGGUUUCUAGAGUUCUGCCUAUCACUUGGCUCCCUUGAUUGGUUUUAUUUGUUUGUUUGCUUGUUUUUUAAUUUUUUUAAAAGGUUCUUAUAUUACCUACCUUCCUGCUCUGUGUAGCAUAAUGUAGCAACUGAGCACGCGUCUGGAUGUGGUGCUGGAGGUCCUGUCUCAGCUCAGCCCCUUUCCUAUUUGAGAGACAGGUAAAGACUGUGAGGGUUAAAUAUGGGAAUACGUGUAAAGGACUCGGACUAGCGUCUGAUGCUUAUGGUGCUCACACAGUGCUUGUUACUAUUUGUCCAUGAAAUAGUCUUUAACCUUUAGUAUUCAAUUUUACCCUUUUGUUUUUUGUACUAGGGACCUUGGAGAUGGUUGAGCCAAGGGCCUCACAUGUACUAGAUAUGUGCUGUAUUUCUGAGCUACACCCCUGUGACAAAACAAGGCUGUUUUCAGGCUUAUUAGAGUUAUUGUUUUUCUCCUACUUUUGACUCCUUCCUUGUUUUCCAAUUGUAGUCCCUACCUCUAGCAUAAAGAUGUUGCUUUUGUCCUAUCCAAGACCCAUUGGUUGUUCUGAGGUAAUCAACUGUGGUCUUAUUUCCCUAGUAAGUUGUGAGAUGACCAGGACAUAUGCAUAAUACUGCCAUGGAUUUGCUGCCGGUGCUGGUUCAGGUACUGCUGCCAUGUCAUGUAUAUGUCAUCUGACAUUGUAUACAGGGAUUUGAAUGUACUGUGUCCUUAGUUUAUUCUUUUGGAUUGUAUCACCAAAAUUAUGUUUCUCCCUAAACUCUCAGAUUUAGUCAUAGUGGUGUUGUUAUAGCAUAUCAGUUUUGCCCCACAAAGUGUGUUUACAAGCAAGUAUUUAGUCUCCACAUGCUGCUGCUCUUUGUUGUCUCUGACAUAGCUAAGCAGGAUAGAGGGUGGAUUACGGGUGCUCUGAAGGUUCAGCUUCUUGUUUCACAGAUUAGGACUACUAACUCAAAAAUUUACGCCAAGCCCUAACAUGACUUGUCCUGUAGUGCUCUUAAAAAAUAGGUCAAGAAGAAAAAGCUGUCUUACAUCACUUUGCACAGCACAAAGAACAAACUAGAAAAAACACUGUAACAGAAACUUAUGAGUAAAACUGAAAUAUACUGCUACAUAAUGUUUUAAGAGCAUUAAGUACAUGCAUAUGGUACCUUCCUCAUUAAUUGAUCUGGAAAAAAAAAAGCUGUAGUAAUUUUAAGUCAAUUAAUUACCAAGUAUAUUUUGCUGCAUUUGUAAAACAAAGUCUACUUUAAAAUUAUUUCAGUAUCUGUCUACCCAGACCAAUUAAAUGAUGGCAUAAUUUCUUCCAUUCUCAACACUGAGCUUAUAUUCUUUGAUAACUGUAAUUAUGUUUUAUAUUGAUAUUUGUAAUAAUCCUAUAUGUUAAACAGCAUUUUUAUUCUGAUUUUUUUAAAAAACAUCUUCACUGGAGAAUAUUUGAAAAUGUAUCCAGGAAAGUAAAUCAUGUUAUCAUUGUUAGUUUUUUGAUAUUCUUCCAUACCUUUUUAAAGCUUUAAGGUAUUUAAGAGUAUAAUUUCAAUGUAUUUUGUCUACUGUAUGAAGUCGUGUAGCUAACAACACCACAGUCUCGAUGUAGAACAUUCCCAUCAACCUAAGAUUUUCUCUGUUGCUUUUACAGGUAAAAUGCCCUUCCUUGCUUCUACCCUCUGGUGCCCAGGGAGCAGUUGUUCGUCAGUAGUUUUGCCUUUUCUAGGUUUUCUGGUAAUGGAUUCACACAGUCUAUAUGUCCAGCCUCUUUCACUUAAUAUAAGCAUCGAGAUAACUCAUGCUUACUGUACAUAUUAGUAAUUUUAUUGUUUAGUAUUUUCUUUUAUGGUUAUGUUAUUGUAUUCAUUUACCACGUGGUGGACAUUUCAUGUAUUUUCAGCAUUUUUGCUGUUAAUGAAUAAAGCUGCUCUAAAUGUGUA